CCAAAAUGCGCUGCGCCGUAAUCGCCACUUUGAAUGUCGGGAGCUGUGGUCCACACACUCCACCUUCCGGUGAGCUACCAAACCCCUCCCACUCGUAGCUUCCGGGGUCGGGGGGGGGGGCGGAGCCUUAAUUCCAAAGUAAAACCGUUGCCUUAGCCGGGGAGCAAUCGAAUAACCACCUCCAACUCCCCGGGUUCACCAUUGACCAAUAAGGUGGGCCAAUUCUAGUCAUGUGACCCACACUGGAGUCGCGCUUUUGUAUCACUAAUUCCUUUGCGCGAGAGGCCGUCUCUUCUCUAUGGUUUCUCCUGGUUGUAGGAGGGUGGAUGGGCCUCCGGAGGACUCCGUACAUUCUUCCUCCAUUACCUCACUGUCUCCGGAAGGCUGCCGGGAUAUCGGAGGACCUAGUUCCUACCUUGGUUCAGUCCUCCAGCCGCCCAGGGAAUCCCUCCAGCAGCUCCUCCUUGCCGCCACCGCUGCCGCCGUCGCCGCCUCCGCCUCCGCCUCCUCCUCCUUCUCCUCCCCCCUUCCUCCGCCUCUUCCUCCGGCCUGGCCCGGCCCGUCGCUCUUCACUCCGACUGGAGGGCCCGCUUCUCUCGGGAGCCCCCACCCAGGCGCAUGGCUCCAUGAAGCGGGAGGAGGAGGAGGCACAGCGCGAGAAGUCCCGGCUGCUCCAGGGACGGGAAAAAAGGUACAGAAAGCAGGAAUGGAACUGGAAAAAAGGAAAAUUCAUUGCAGAUACAAAAUAGCUCCCCCCCUCUGCUGUAGCUGCCCCUCUGGCCAUAUACAUUUUCUGAUUUCAGGCAGGGGACCUAAAUGCAGGGCCACCUAAGGACACUGAUGGCUCCACUCAGAUUCCAGCCCUCUACAGAUAAUACUGCUUCAUCACUCAACGGGUUCUGCAGCAUUCCAGACCUCAAGCACUGAAUCAGGAUGGGAAAAAGACGCUGUGUUCCUCCAUUAGAGCCCAAGUUGGCAGCAGGCUGUUGUGGGGUAAAGAAGCCCAAAUUAUCAGGAAGUGGAACACACAGUCACGGGAACCAGUCAACAACUGUACCUGGCUCUAGUUCAGGUCCUCUUCAGAACCACCAGCAUGUGGAUGGGAGCAAUGGAAGGGAGAAUGUGUCUGACUUAACUCUGGGGCCUGGAAAUUCCCCAAUUACUCGAAUGAAUCCCACUUCGGGAGCUCUGAGCCCACUUUCCCGGCCCAAUGGAACUGCCAAUACCACCAAAAAUCUGGUGGUGACAGCGGAAAUGUGCUGCUACUGCUUCGAUGUCCUCUAUUGUCACCUCUAUGGCUUCCCCCAGCCACGACUUCCUAGAUUCACCAAUGACCCCUACCCACUCUUUGUGACAUGGAAGACGGGGAGAGACAAACGGCUUCGUGGCUGCAUUGGAACCUUCUCAGCCAUGAAUCUUCAUUCAGGACUCAGGGAAUACACAUUAACCAGUGCACUUAAGGACAGCCGAUUUCCCCCCCUGACCCGCGAGGAGCUGCCUAAACUUUUCUGCUCUGUCUCCCUCCUUACUAACUUUGAGGAUGCCAGUGAUUACCUGGACUGGGAGGUAGGGGUACAUGGGAUUCGAAUUGAGUUCAUCAAUGAAAAAGGUGUUAAAAGGACAGCCACAUAUUUACCUGAGGUCGCUAAGGAACAAGACUGGGAUCAGAUCCAGACGAUAGACUCCUUGCUCAGGAAAGGCGGCUUCAAGGCUCCAAUUACCAAUGAAUUUAGAAAAACAAUUAAACUCACCAGCCAUAUCCCUGUCAAAAUUCAGGAAUAAUCACCUUGCAGUGGAGAAGUGAUUACAGUGAGAAAGAGAUGGCUAUGGGUACCGCAGCGAGAAAGUGACAAUCAGUUAUGCAGAAUAUAUUGCUUCUCGUCAACCUUGUUUCCAGAAUGGCACUCUUCAUGCCCCGCCCCUCUACAAUCAUUACUCCUGACACGCGGCUGCAUGACCAGUCCCAUCCCCCUGUGGCCUCCAGUGGCUACGACAUCAUUGGAGCAGACGCCUCCUCUUCCUGGUCCAGUUACUUCUAUUACUGCACCAUUUUAUGAUGCUAGCUUCCGUUGCCAAGUCUGCCUUCCAGCUGACGGGGGGGAUUGCACUGAGUGAAACAGAACUUCAGGGGCCCAAGCCUUAUCUCAGCCAUUCCUCAAAAUGGGGUUCAGUUGGAUUGGGGCUCCUCCACGACUAGGAAUUUACUGUGUGAGGUGCAGAAGACUUUUAGGCAUGCAAGCGCCACUUCAAAUUGCUGUAUCGUGUGUCAGCCACACACUGGAAGCUGGAAUUGUUGAUUUAUGAAAGCCCCUCCCCCACCCAACCUCCUCCUUUCUUCUUUCCUUCCUACUUCCCUUUACCUACCCCAGAUCAAGUAGGAGCAUUCCCCUGGCAGUCUGGGCAACGGAGUCCAACAAGAAACAUUUUUAGGUUAUUUUAAAUUCCUUUUUUUAAACCUCUGGUUUGGUGUGUACCAAGAGUUGAUUGCAGCUCCCAGGUAUCACAGGCGGACAUCAUGUUAAGGUUAAAUUGUUGGGCACCAUGAGUCCUUUCAGGCUCCUGUACAGAGACCAUUCAAAUAUCUGAAAGCCCUUUGGAUGGCACAUUGCAGAUCUCACCAUUGCUAAAUAAACCCUGAACGUUUUAACUCUCAUCCCACUGUCAGCUGGAUUUUCUGGCACUCUUCUUACAUUGAGUUUACUGGUAUUGAGUUCUGUAUGGUAUAGCCUGCUCCUGAAUGGAUUGGAGAUGCCUGAAGAAGGGCAGAAUACUAUUGCUAAGUGUGUAUGUGAACAGAGAUGCUCAUGUCUCACCAAGAAAGCUCUUCUUUACCACUAGGCUACCUCACCCAUACUUUGGUAGCAGUGCCUAAAGCUGGAUCUAGGGUCUUGAAAGCUAUGUUGAUGUUUAAACUCACAGUUGGGUCAGGGAUUUUACAGGGACAGAAGUAAGACAAACAAAUCCAGUGUCUCAAGGCAGUUUUAAUUUCAGGCAAGCUUCCUGGGGGACUUUUAAGCGGGGCAGUUCCACGUGUGGAUCUUUUAGAGGGAAGACUCACUGUUUUAAUCUAUUGUAGGUCUUCAGAGCAAAGCAAUGUAGUUUAACUGGCAAGUUGCUGAUCUUGCCUAACAUCUUGGGAGUUGACAGCUCACCAGGGCAAAAUGAAGAAGAGAUCAUUUUAUUCCAGACCAUUCAGACUUUCAUAUGCGCUCAUACUUCCCUUUCCCAUUUUUGCUGAUUUCCAAAUGUCUGCUAGCAAAGUUCCUCCUUUCUCCUUCCACCUAUUAUUCACUGGCUCAUUCAGUGAUGUCACUGUGCAGUGCUCCUACAUAUGACUCGUGGACUUGGAAGAAACUUUGGAAACAUUGGAAUAAGGCAUCGCAAAAAGACUAAGGAAGAGGAGGCCAGUCGAAUGAAAGGAUUCUUCUUAUGAUUAUACACUGAUUACCAGCAACAGUGGUUAGAGGACUUUAAGAUGAAGUGCAUGACUGACCCAGUGGAUACAGUAUUUGAAUGAAUAUAUUUUUUAAAGUUUAAGUGUGAUAAUGGUGUGGCUUUUUGAAACUGGCUCAUGGUCAAGUCAAAAGUUCCUGUGAGUUUUCUUCUAAUAUGUAAAGGGGGAAAUCUAAGAAACCACAUGCAUGCUGUUCUUGGCAUUGCUGUCCUUCUAGUUUCUUGGAAAUGUUUGCAGUUUUGUGUGUCAACAGUAUGCUCUGCUGUUCUUGAGAAUACAUGUUGUGUAAGGGAAAGGUGGGAGUUACAUCAGGAUUUCUGUGCAAUAUCACCCCAGACUUAGUUUUGUGCUGGGUAUUUCUCAUGUAUCACCACUUUCCCCUUGCAAUGUUACUGAAAAAGCUUUGGAAGAUGAAGGGAUUGUUUCAUGAUUUCCUGCUGCUGAGAAUAAAUCAGUCUCGUUACAAACUAGAGUGAUAGUAGUUACUCUUAGGUGCCAUGGACUGAUGUAGAGGGGUGGUUCAGCUCUGGGCAAACUAUCCACCUCUAAACUGUACAACAGUAUUGAUACAUAGGGCUACACUCAUUACUGUUCAAAUGUUCUAUGUUAGAAUUUGUGUUUAAUUUCUAAAGAGUUUAAAAAAAAAAAAGCAAAAAAAUUGGUGCUAAACUUUCACCCCUGAGCACGCUCAGUGAGACUGGUCAUGCAAGCAUACAGUGCCAUGCUAUUCAAGCCUAUUUUUCUUUUUUAAAUGUUGCCCUGUUCUGUGUCUUUCUCCUGUGUAUGGUGUGUUUUUUUUAUUUUAUUCAGGGGAGGGUGGGGGGAGGGUAGCUACCAUUUAAAAAUAGCAAACUGAGAAAAUAAUACUACAAAAUAUAAAAUAAAAAUUCCAGUGCUGGGGGACUGGCUCGUUAACUGCAGCAAGCAAACUGAAGUGGGCUCCAUGUCUUUGGAAUAAGAAGCCUUACUCCAUUUACACCCCCUCUCACAUUUACACCUAGUUUAGAAGUGGAAAUGCUGUUAAUGCCUCUUGGUAGGGUUGAGGGCAAUAAUGCGUGGACCAAGGAAAACUGAUCUGCCCUCUAGGGAAUGGGCAUAGUGAGUAUCAGUCCUAAGUGGUCUAGUAAGACAGUAAUUUAGAAGUGUCACCUCAUAAAAAAGCAUGGCAGGUGGUUCUCAGGAAAUAAUCCUAUGUUUGGAUCAUUAUGUGGCAGCUUUGCAUAGGGAGAUGACAACUCCAAACUGAAACUUAACUGCCUUCCACUUGCCUGAUAGCAGUGAUAGAGAUGGCCAAAUUUAUGUGGCGAUUGGUAGGAUUAAAGAAUAUUAAAUCUGUUUCUGCAUAGUGUCUCAUUUUGUCCCUGCACUGCUCUGCUGGACAAAUAAAUAUUGUUUCUAUGGAACCAGCUACAGAGUUUGCUGGUUUGAUUUGGAGUUUGUUUCAUCCCUAGCUGUGAGUGCCUUUUGGUCUGGAAAGUUUUGAUUGUCUCAUGAUAACCACAGCUGGGAAGUUAUCUCUGUAAUUAUGACUUGUCCUUGUUUUACAUUAACUAAAAUAAUGUCUUUGAUCACUGGAGUUUGUCAGUGUUGGGAUGUUUCCACUGUGAGGUUCUUAAAACUUAUUCACUUCAUAAUGGUAAAGCAGCCAUUGUUAGUAGAGGCCCUUUCACUUUGAAAGGUGUAUUGUAAAAACAUUAUGAAUAUUUUAUUGUUUAUAAGAAAAAUUGUAAAAAAAAUCCUGGGUGUUCAUUUAACUUUUGCACAGGAUCAGUUAUUUUUCAUGACAUGUUAACAUCUACAAUUUUCACUGACGGUUGUCUUUCUGUUGGUUUUCUAGAACUUUAUUGUUGUUGGUUUUUGUUCAUUUCAUUUCCCUAAAGCAAGAGACCUCGUAUGACCUUCAGUGCAGAGAUGUCAGACCAAUUCUUUGUAUUACACUUGGUUGCCUCCUAGCUAUAUAACUUCUGAGUGUAAAUCAUUGAACUCUAUCCUCUAAUGAAGUAUUGUAGAGAAUAAAUCAUAAUGGGUAAA